AUGGCGGUCACCAUCACAGCGAACACCAUGCGCGUUAACACACACCAAACCUACAACGUCCAAUUCUUCGAGGAGGAGAUCUACACCACGGUCACCGCCAAUUCCACGGUGGUCACCAACUGGAUCGACGACAUCAAAUACCUGUACCACCUCCCAGACGUGAUCGUCGGGCUGGACGUGGAGUGGCGCCCAAGCUACUCCUCUCAGCAGAACCCCGCCGCCACGCUGCAGCUCUGCGUCCGCGAUCGGUGCCUGGUGUACCAGAUUCUGCACUCCGAUUGCAUCCCCGAUUCGCUGGCGACGUUUCUCUCGGACGAGUACUGCUACAUCGAAUUCGUUGGCGUAGGAAUCAAGCAGGAUUUGGAGAAACUGCAGAGAGAGUACGGGAUCGGCGGCGGCGCGCGGUAUGUGGAUCUGCGGGGGCUGGCGGCGGAGGCGUACAGGAGGCAGGGGCUGGAGAGAUCGAGCUUGAAGACGUUGGCGAGUGUUGUGAUGGGGAAGGAGGUGGAGAAGCCGGAUGCGGUGAGGAUGAGCCGGUGGGACCAGCCGCGGCUCACGGCGGAGCAGGUCAAGUAUGCGUGUGUGGAUGCGUAUUUGUCGUUUGAGAUUGGGAGGCUUCUCGGUCUUGGUCACUUUGGUUACUAUUAA